AAAGGGGACCUUUUACAAGAUGUAAUAUAAGUCUCUGGUGUCUCCAGAAUGUGUCUGUGAAGUUUCAGCUCAAAAUACCCCACAGAUAAUUUAUUAUAGCUUGUCAAAUUUGCCCCUAUUUGGGUGUGAGCAAAAACACGCCGAUUUUGUGUGUGUCCCUUUAAAUGCAAAUGAGCUGCUGCUCCCGGCCCCCUUUCCAGAAGAGGGCGGAGCUUUAACAGCCCGUGCUUCGGUCGCUCAACAACAACAAAGCUGGAGAAUCUCACGCAGCCAAAAUGAGGAUUGUCAGUAACGGUGUUCAGCCUUACAUUGUUCAAACCGGAGUCGACACUGAUGGAGAGACUCAGGAAGAAGUUACAACUUUUAGGAUGUUUCUGAAUGGUUAGUGGAUAAAUUUAUGUAGUUACUGUGGAGUUGAUUCAACUCAUUGACUAGCAUGUGCCGUCAUGUUAAUCUUUUGUGUUGAAUUGACCCUCAUUUGUGAAGCAGUCCGGUGUAAAAUGACGGCAUGACAACAACACUCUACUACAACAACUCUUCCUCUUCUCUAAAGCAGCCCAACAUGGCCCCGCCCCCUUUGUUGUGUGUUCUCAGGGGCGGGGUUUGUGUAAAUUUUAGCUUUAGUGAUGUCACCAACCCAGGAAGAAGCUCGUUGUAGUCCCUACCAGCAGUUUGUUGUAGUCCUUAAAAAGUGAUUUCUGAAAAAGAAAAUAUCUCCCUUUGCGUUGAACUUUGAGUGUCGUAACUUUGCAGAUGUUGUUUAUGCUCAAACAGCAACAUUACACACUAACUAAAGUUAAAAAAGUGAAAUCAUAAUCAACCACCCCUUUAAAAACUGAUCACUGAAAGGUUCUUCAGGGUACUUUUCAAGAAACCAAAAAUGGCUCUUCUUUGGCAUCACUGCAAAAAAAAAAACCCUUUUAAAAUAUUUAUUUUUAAUAGUGUACUUUAUGAACUAAACAUGAACAUUACUUCUGCAUUUAUUUAAUGUUGAUUUCAGCAUUUAUUAAUACAUUAUUAAAAUAAAAACUUGUAUUUGUUAACAUUAGUUAAUGCACCGUGAACUAACAUGAACAAUUAUAUUUUUAUUAUAUAAAUUAUCAGAGGGCGAUUGCUGUAUGACCUAAAUCACAUCUGGAGAACCGAGUUUCCCACGCUUGAUGUUAGAAUGACACCUAGUGCACAAAAGCAGAGCUGCAGUUCUAAAGCAGAAACUACAGGUAGUUAUUGAAGAUCUGAGCCAGUAGAGGGCGCAGCUGAGGUGUCAUUGUUCCUGGAAGACAGAUGAACAUCCAUCAAUCCAUCCAUCUAUCCAUCCAUCCAUCCAUCCAUCCAUCGACCUAUCUAUCUAUCUAUCUAUCUGUUAUUAUGUAAUGUUUAUUAAUAUGAUUAUAUUUAUCUAUUUACAUAUCAAUAAUAAAUUGUAAUAGUAAUAAAUGUGUGUGUGUGUGUGUAUAUAUAUAUAUAUAUAUAUAUAUGAGGCACUUGAAUUUAACAAAAUUAUCUAUUUACAUAUAAAUAUUAAUAAUAAAUGUGUGUGUGUGUGUGUGUAUAUAUAUAUAUAUAUAUAUAUAUAUAUAGUGUUCUUGUUAUUUAUAUUUAUGGCAGUGGUAUUUAUGGCGUCAAGAGCUGAUUUUCCCUUCAAAUCCCCUAAUAAAGAAUCUCUUGCAGAUGCGGCAAGGUUUUUUCACACACACACACACACACACACACACACACAAAUUCCCAACCGACCGGGAUCUGCUCCACCGGGGGGAAACGCCUUCUCGCCUCGGACCCGUUCUGUUUUAAUUAGCCUCCCGGUGCCGCGGGUAAUUACGGUAACGAGCCGCAAAUGAACCGUAAUGAACCGCAAAAUUCCUCUAAAAAAACCCUCACACAAGACGCGGCGCGAAGCGCGUGAUUAAUAACCGUCAUUCAGGCAUCGGCGGGGGAAAAAAGGGGCGCGCGAGGAGUUGACACGCAUUACCCUCAGCGCUGCGCGAGACCCCGUAUGUCAGCCCCCUCGCGCCUCCCGCGUUUCCACAAUCAUUUCCCGCCAAUGAUCAGGAGGUGUCCGCAACGGCGCUUCCUCACCUCACACCCCCGUCAGCCACACGCAGCGCGACACACACACAUACACACACACAUACAUACACACACACACCGGGAGGAGCCGUCUACCCUUCCGUCACCCAUACCCGCCCCUGAGGACGGUGCGUCGUUGGCGGCGUCAAUAUUAUUUAUUAUUCCCGUUAGUCUCGGUAUUUAGCGCCGCAGCUGCUCACGGUGAUCGUUAAAUCGGACGCGUCUCGUUGUUUUGUGGCGCGUGUUUUUCUUGUAACGGGGAUUAUUGAGGCGGCAUCAGCGCGCGGUGAUGCUCUCCGUUAAAGGAUCGUGAAGCGUCGCGAGUCUAAAGGUAAAGCUCGUCCAUUUUCCGUCCUCCGCCUCCCCCUCCUCCUCCCGUCUCUCUCCCCCCUGCCUGUCUCUCUCCCCCUCUCUCUCUCUGUGCUGACGUGCGAUGGCCAAGAGAAUUAAUCCGUCGCCUUUAAUUGCACCGUAGUGUCCAGCGGUCUCACGCCCUUAAUGACCUCUGAUCCGCGCGUCGGUGCCGCAGCAGGCGGAGAGUAAUUACCGUAAUUGAUGCUCGAGGCGACGGUAGCGGGGGGUGUUGGGGGGGUAGCAGCGUUUCUCUCUCUUUCUCUUUCACAUAAACACACACACACACACAUUUUGACACGGUAACUUUCUUCUGCACGGCUUAUUAUCGCUAUUGCUGUUGUUCCUGUAAUUAAAACAACACAUUUAAAGGCAACCUGAUGGUGUUAGAUAUAAUGCUCUAAAUUAUGCCAUACAUAUGCAAAAGAAAUGUACAUAAAUGCAUACAAAGCAGUUGCUAUUUAUCUGAACAGCGUUUUAAUCUAAAUUUGAAUCUCAUGUGUACAGUUUUAAAAAUGGAAUUUAUGUUAUGCUUGGAACCUAAUGGGAAUUAAUUACAAAUCCACUAAUAAUCAAAUAAGAUCCUAUUGGAUAAACUGCAAUUUUCUUUAUUUUUUCAGUUUUUCAUAAUUUUAGUUUUGUUUCUUGAAUAGCUUCUAAAAUAUCCAUUAAGCUAUUUUGUAUGCAUCCUUUAGGAUUUGAGUACAUAUUCUAUAUUGUCUGUAAAUACAUUUUACAAUAAAUGUAAAAAAAUAUAUAUAUAUAAUAAUAAUUUAAGAGAUGAGAAGAAACUAUUUAAGUCGGCAUGAAUUUGGAGUCAUCCCUGUUGUGACAUAUAUCUGAGAGAAAUUGAUUUUGAUUUUGUCCAUGGGGAAUUGAUUGGAUGGUUGUGGUUUGCUAUUGGUGGAUCUCAUGUGAGUGACAGGUUGCCCCGCCCUCGUGCCAGUAAACACAUCAUCAGAGAAGAGAUGUCGCUGCAAGAGGGAGGGGAAGUUAUUUAGAUUAAAGAUUAUGAGGCACUUGAAUUUAACAAAAUAAUGAUGUGCAUGGAUAAAUAAUUUAAAAUAAAUACGGCAAUAUUCCAUAAAAAAAAAAAAGAAUAGUUAAUUGUGAUUUUAUGCUAAUUUUAAAACAUGCCCGAUAACCUUCAGUUGAUGAACAUCUCUGUUCACCUCCACCUCUUUUUCCACAGGACCACUGCCGUGGAUGGUUGGGCGUUAGUGCGUGUUUGUUUUGCUCUGAUGGCGAACAUGAGCAGUAGUGUGUGCAUGGAAACUCCACACGCUCAUGGCCACACCCACGGCCACACCCACAACUACAACCCCACCCCCGGGCGGGACUUUCCUCUGCAGAUCGACUCAUGCGUGAACCCUGUGUUGGACUACAGCGCGCAGAUGGAGCGGUACCGCUCUUUUGCCACCUUCUAUAAAAACAGCACGGCCGCCGCCGCCGCUGCCGCUGCCACCCCGUUUCCCCAGACCGCCAAAAUCGCCCGUAUCGCCACGCCCCUCUUCCCCUCAGCCCGCCUAUCGGCGAUGCCGCCCUGGCCCUGCGACAACGCCAUGCUGUGGGGGCGAAAGCCCGCCGCAGUUAACGUUAACGGACCUCACACACAUCGGACUGGCAUGUCAAGGGCGGAGCAGGUGAAUGUGCACAUGUCCGCCAAACACAUUCCACAAGACUCCGCCCUCCCGAUGGGGGCUGACAACUUCCUGUCACCGCUCGCCGCGGAGCAGUGUCGUGGUCUUCCCGUAACGGGGGCUGAGUGCAUGAACCGACUGAAGUGCCCGCAGUCUGUGCCGCCUGGCGGAGCCGGAGAGGCGGACCGAGGCGGGACGUUUGGAGGGAUGCCACCACUGGGGGGUCUGUCGCUGCCACCGGGGGUCAUCGUAAUGACGACGCUUCACUCUGGUGCAGGGUCAUCAGGGGUAACGAUGUCAGACAGCGCGUUUCAGAUCGCCAACGUGGCGGCGGACUGCCAGCACAGCGGCUCGUCUUGCUCCGGCUCGCCCGCCGCUCUUAAUGGAAACGCAAACGGCAGUUGCAGCAGCGGCAGCAGCAACGGUAGCGGAGCGGCCAAACGCAAGCGCAAGCGCUGCGGCGUCUGCGCCCCCUGCAGGAGGCUCAUUAACUGCGGCGUGUGCAGCUCCUGUCGAAACAGAAAGACGGGUCAUCAGAUCUGCAAGUUCAGAAAGUGUGAAGAACUCAAGAAGAAGCCGGGCAGCACGAUGGAGAGAGCACCAUCGGCAGGAGCCGCCGACACCUUCCGCUGGUUCUUCUGAAGAACUCGCCACCAAUCCACGUCAUAAUACCGGACUAGAAGAACUGCAGGUCAUACGUCUACAAAUCUGAUCAUACGGUUCCGCAAUCAGGGACUCUCACCGCCCUCCUCGCUUUCUACCCCUUCCCCUCAGGACUCACUGUGGCACGGAGGCCGACUGGGGGCGUCAGGACGCCGAGGGCAAGUCUCUGGGUCUCAGACCGACCUCACCUCAACCAAACACCAAUGGACAUAGAGAAACAGAGACUUGAUUUCAGUCGUAUCAGGACCCCAUCCGAGCUUAAAGGAACAGUUCACCUGGCCGAAAUCGAAUGUUUGGUCAUCAUUUACUCACCUUCGUUUCAUUCCAAUCACUUGCUUUCUUCAGCAGAAGACAAAUAGAGGUUAUCUGAAGAAGUGAAUGGGGUUUGGUAAACUCUACAAGGACAGAACAAACAGCAUAAAACAAUAUAAAAGUAGUCGUGCAGUAUAUUAUAGGCUCUUUUUUAGUCAGAAACCAUCAAGACGUGAUUGAUAGAUUCCCCUCAUUUGAUUGAAAGGAGCAUUCUUUAAAAAUCCACCUGAUCCAGUGAAGAAAAGUAAGUCGUACAGGUUUAGGGUGAGUAAAUGAUGACAGAAGGUUCAUUUUUGAGUGAACGAUUCCUUUAAACCACCUUUCUGUUGCAUGGGUAGAAAAGUGUUUUGUUUUUAACUAAAGACUUUAAGAAAUAACUUUGUUUAUCGCUGUUGUGACGCCUCACUGUCUUGAUGAAUAAGAGACUCUUAGGAUGGCUUGUUGAUUAAAUGUGAUCCUUUUUGAACUGUGA